CUUCACAUUAUUAUAGAAACUUAAUUGUACCAACCCAGGAAACUACAUGAAAAACACGAGUGUUAUUAAUUUAAGGCAGCGCUAUUCGUUUUGACUCAGAUGUAGCCUAUAUAUUCUUUCCUGUAACGACAGUGAGGAAGGACAGAGAUACAAGGGUUUCUCCUGGUUGUUUUUGUUUUUAGUUUGUACAGAAGCAUAAAUAGAAGCUAAAGGCGCAGCACAAUUCCUGGCCCACCCAAAUAAAUCUAAAUCCACCGUUCAGUUUCUGAAUAGUUUGUUCACAAUGUCAUGCUGGAGAAUCUUUCUGCGUAGACAAUGUCAAUUCAACACCUUUUUUAAACCGCACCAGCUUAACAUGCAACCACUGUGUCAUCGGAGAGGGUUUCAUCCAUCGACUGCUGUGAAGACUUACGAUGUAAGAAAAGUCGAAUUAACGCCACUGGAGCAGAGGAAACUUACAUUUGACUCCCAUGCGCUUGUGACUGAGCUGGAAUCGAGUGGCUUUGAGAAGAGGCAGGCAGAAGUGAUCGUAACAGCAUUAGUGACUCUUACUACUGCCAACAUGGACAUUGUAUACAGAGAUAUGGUCACAGGAGCCCAUCAAGAAAUAGCACUUCAACAAAUCAUGGCUCAUCUAGACUCGAUCAGGAAAGACAUGGUUAUUCUGGAAAAGAGUGAAUUUGCCAACUUGCGUUCAGAAAAUGCUAAAAUGAAAACAGAACUGGAACAAAUAAAGAACAGAUUACAGGAAGAAAGUCAAAGAAUCAGAGCAGAUGCAAAAUUAGAUAUUAAUCUGGAGCGAAGUAGAGUUACAGACAUGUUUACUGAGCAAGAGAAAACACUGAUGGAAGUUAGGACAGAGUUUCAAAAAAAGAAUUCAGAACUGGAAAGUGAAACAGUAGAAACCUCAAAGAAAAUAGACAUUCAAGUUGCCUCUUUGAAAACCCUGCUGGAAUCCCUAAAACUGGAAACAAUUCGUUAUCUUGCAGCAUGCAUCUUCACCUGCUUGGCAAUUGCAUUGGGUUUCUAUCACAUAUGGAAGUGAAUCUCACAAAAACGAUUUUGUUUUAAUUAUGCACAUUUUUAUUGCAAUUUUAAUACAUUGUAACAUGGAUUUUUGCAAGGAACAUGAAGUGUUUUUUUUUUUUUAUCAUACUUUUUUAAAAUUAAGUGAUUUCACACAGCAGAGCCUAACAAUAAAUGCUUGUCAUGAGUUUCACUUUUUCUUUAUAUAAUACAUCAAAAUGUUCAAAUCUCUGUUCUGAUCCACUUUUAAAUCAAAACCGGUCAAAGUUGUUUUUGGACAUUUUUUGAAUGCAUGAACAGACAGAUAUUAUGACAUUGAACUGCACAAAACCACAAGUCUUUAAUCAUUUGUUUUUAUUAAACCUUAUGCAGAAGCUGAAUAUUAUACUGUAUAUUGUAGUCAUUUAAAAUACAGAUGCUUGAACCAUAAAACUUAAAAGCAUAAGAUAUUGUAUUUAUCUUUGUGAUAUAUUAAAGUCAUUGGCAUUGCAAAGUAGCACAAACUGCUGAUUCAAUGCUUGAAUCACUGGUCUUCAUUAUUUAUGAUAUGGCUAUUUAAAAUAAUCAGUGUUUCUUAUAUGUCCUUUUUAGAUUUUGUCAUAUAUACAUCAUAUCAGUCUUGUCCAUGUGUCUGAGUAU